AUGUCAGGCUUGCUAGGCAUUCCAUUAUUAGUCUUAACUGAUUCAUAUAAAACAUCUCAUACAUUAAUGUAUCCUGAUGCCAAAAAGUGUGUUGCAUAUGGCGAAUUUAGAAAAGGCUACAAUGGUGAUAAAGAAGAUACACGUGUUGUUUUUUAUGGUAUCAGAUACAUGUAUGAAAUUGAAAAUUAUGUUGCUAUUAAAUGGACUUUAAAAGACGUUGAAUUGGCAGAAAAAUUUUUUGCUACACAUAAUGCCGGUUAUACAAGUUUUCCCUUUCCAAAGGAUUUAAUUCUCAAGUUUAUUAAAGAAAAUGAUGGUUAUUUUCCAAUAAAAAUUGAAGCAUUACCAGACGGCACACCAUGUCAUGUUCACACUCCAGUUUAUCAAAUUACUGCUGAAAAAGAAUAUUCAUUAUUAGUUACCUUUUUGGAAACAUUAAUAACUAUGGCUUGGUAUCCUUCUACUUAUUUGGAAAUUGAGAAAGGAUACAAAGUUAUAAAUGGUUGUGGAGUGAUUCAAGGUGAUGGUGUGACAAUUGAUAGUUUAGAAGCUAUAUUGAAAGCAACAGGAGAAGCCGGUUAUUCAGCUCAAAAUGUAGCUUUUGGAAUGGGAGGAGGCCUAUUACAAAAACUUAAUCGUGAUACAAUGAGCUUUGCUACAAAACUCUCACAUAUUACCUAUGCAGAUGGUACUCAAAGUUUGCCUGGUGAAUUUGUUGUGAAAAGGAAUGCAGAAGGGAUACCAAUUGCAUAUCCAAAAGAAUCCUUUCCUGAAAAUGAUCCGGACAAUUUACUUCGAGUGUAG